AUGGCGUCGUCAAAUAUCGCCAUAAGCGUGCCAGGCAAUCCGGUAACGCCUGAGAAGGAGUAUGAAUCAAAGAGCGACAGCGAUUCCUGCUCUGGCGAUGAUUGCUCCAAUGCCGGAGAUAAUACAACCCCGACAACCAACGAAGAUCAGCUGGCGCUUGUUGCCGAUACGGCUAUCAAGGAUCUCGAGAAAAGGUCGAAGGAGGGCCUCCAGGUCCUAGAGAAACUGGACGCUAUCCUCAAAAAGUAUCCCUCAUCGACCGGGAUUGACAAAUUCUGGUACGAUCAAAUACAAGACCUUAAGGGGCUAUCAAAAGACACUUCCAGAGUUGUGGUUGGCGUUGUCGGGUCCACUGGUGCUGGAAAGUCUUCUGUGAUUAAUGCCCUGUUGGGUGAAGAGCGUCUCGUCCCCACGAGCGGUAUGAGAGCCUCUACGGCAGUGGUGACUAAGAUUUCCUACAAUCCCGGCCCAUGGAAAUAUAGCGCUGAAGUACAGUUUGUAUCUCGAGCUAGCUGGGAGCGGGAAAUGCGUCUUCUAUUCGAAGAUAUGCAUGAUGGUCUCGAUGAUAUUUCGUCUACAGACAACUCUGAACUUGGAGUAGCAUGUGCGAAAUUUACGGCCGUCUAUAAGCGGCCACUUCAAGAUGUUAAGCACAUGUCUGUUGAGGAGUUGAUGAAAAAUGAAACUGUGGCGAGCAUGUUGGGAUCUACAAAAUACAUAUCUGGGGACGAUACCCGUCAAUUUUACAACCAAAUGCGAAAAUAUGUGGAUAGCGAAGAGUCCCCUCGAGCUUCAUUCAAGAGUGAACCCGAAACACUGGGCUUGAAGAGUGGUUCCAAGCAGGGCAUUGCCGAGGAGAAGUCCAUGGAAUUAUGGCCGCUAGUUGAACUCGUUCGCUUGCAAGUCAACGCACCAGUUCUGUCUACAGGGGUUGUGGUUGUUGACCUACCAGGGUUACUAGACGUGAAUGCUGCAAGAGGAACACUUGCGCAGAAAUACAUACAAUCAUGUUCCAGUUUAUGGGUGGUUGCACCUAUCACAAGGGCCGUUGAUGACCAUUCAGCGAGAACACUUCUAGGUGACGGUUUCAAACGCCAAUUGCAGCUAGACGGAGCCCUAAGCCAGGUCACAUUCAUCUGCAGCAAGGCAGACGACAUUGACUUAUCAGAGGCUACUGAUGAUCUCGAGGUUGGUGAAGAAAAAGACGCGUUGAAUAAGUUUUGCGAGGAUACCAAGGGAAUUAUUAAACAUCUUCGCAAGAAAAUACAGUCGUUGAAGCGCAAGGAGGAGCGAGCAAGUUUGAAGAUGGACAAGUUAACGGACGAGAUUGAGAAGCUAGGUGAUAGCACAACCAUCCCUUUGAAGCGAAAUCAGAGCAAUGACACCCCGUCUGACCAAGGCCAAGCGCCUGAGUGCACUCUACGCAAUGCCGACGACUGUGAUGCUGAUGAUUCCGAAAAUGCUGUAUCCGAUCAAAUCAAAGGAAAGAAGGGAAAGCUGAUAACGUCUCAUAAGCAAUCAAGAGAGAAAAGAAUCACAAUACUAGCCGAAUCACGCUCCUUGAAAGAUGAAGUUCAAUCCCAUCUUGCACAGAUUAAACAGAAGGAGAACGAGUUUGCGCUGCAGUGUAUCACGAAGCGGAACGAGUUUUCGAAGAGCCGUAUUCAAGAAGAUUUUCUAAUCGGACUUCGGCAGCUGGACUCCUCCGAAAGGUCCGAAGGGAAUAAUGGUCCAACUAGUGGUUCUCAUGUCUUGCCAGUGUUCUGCGUCUCUUCCAGGGCAUACCAGAGCCUGAAGAGAGGAUUUUUGGGAGAUUCCGUUCCAAAAGGCUUCCUGACUGUUGAGGAUACGGAAAUACCCCAACUUCAAAGACACUGCCUGAACCUGGGAGUCGCCGCUCAGAAAAUAAACUACGAACGGUUCUUGAAUAAUCUGGCUCAGCUGGUGAAUUCGCUAAGGCUCCAAUCAUCCGGACUAAAUACGCAACAGCUCGAGGAAAGAAAGGAAUGUGAUCGGGAGCUUCUUCACGUAAAGCUAAAUACUUUGCAUGAGGCAAGUAUGAGUACCAAUGCGAUUUUGAUUUCCACUGCUAACUCUAAUGUCAAGUUCUUCCAUAAGACAGUUCAGGACUUAUUCGCUAAACACUCAGAAUCCAGACAACGUCUUUACAUCAAGCUUGACCAUGCGUCGACAGCUGCGAUGGUUGCAGCAGAUGAAGCGCCGGUUAAAUGGAACAAGGAUCCUAAACUAGGCGGGAUAUAUCAUUCAACUUAUAAAGCCAUUUGCAGGCGUUCGGGGGCGUAUCGCAAUGGAAAAAAGGCCCAUGACUGGAACACAGAGCUUGCUUUUAUCAACGAAAUCCCCGUGUUGCUUGAAACGGUUUCGAAUACAUUUCGAGCACUCAUUGAAGAGUUCAACGUUAGCGUGAUGAUGGACGUCAAAAUGCUUUCAGAAAACGAGACACUCUCCCAGAUCUUAAAGGACCAGUCAUUGAAGUAUCAGGAGAAUGUGAACCAGACACUCCAGUUCCUCUCCACAAAAAUCGAACUAAAACAGAGAGACCUUAACAGAUCAUUUGUCCCUGCCAUUGCUCAGGCGCUGGAGAAUGCAUAUGCUGAGGUAUAUGAGUACAAAGGUGCCGGCGCAUUUCAGCGGAUGAGGGAUACCAUUGCCUUCCAUGUAGGUGCGGCCAAAUAUGACAUGUUUCAACAUAGUGUCGAAGCCGUCAAGCUCGAGCUUGAAAAAUUAGCCGAGGUGCUGAAGGAGGUACUGAGUCGCAAAGUUGAAAAGAUUUUCACUGGAAUAGCUCAUGACUACAUGACGGGUCUGAAAAACUCGAAGAGCGAAAUGGAGAAACCUCUAAAGGAGGAAAUUCUCUCAUUUUUGAACAGCACACUCCUCUUCGGGGAGUUUGCUGACACCAAGAAGGCCCUUAGCGACGACUGUGUUUCAGUGAAUGCCACGCAUGCACUUCGACCAAUCGUGCUACCUGGUACCGAUGGCAACAAGAUCAAACUCGAGCCAGAGGAGUAG